AUGAAGCGCCGCCGGAGCGCAGCUCUUGCCGGAUGGGAUCCGAACUGCAAGGAUGCAGAAGUCGAGGUGGAGCAAGAUCCACUGACUGGAGGUUGCUACAGGGUGGCCUGUGCAACCACUCAGCGAGCCUGGAUUGGGCUGCGUGGACGCCCUGGUGUCGUGACAGGCCAGUACUGCUUUGAAGUGAAGGUCACCGAGGGUCUUCUCAGAGUUGGCUGGUCCUCGUCAACUGCCUCACUGGCGCUGGGUACGGACGCGGAAGGCUUUGGCUUUGGAGGCACCGGGAAGAAGAGCCAUCGCAACAAGUUUGCUGACUACGGCGUUCCCUUUGAAGCUGGCGACGUGGUCACCUGCUGCUUGGAUCGAGUCCUGCGCCAGAUAAGCUUCGGUGUCAAUGGCGUCUGGCAUGGAAAGGCCUUUGACGUUCCCAAGGCCUGGGAUGGCAUAGCGCUGUUCCCAGCAAUGUGUUCGCGGGAAGCCUUCAGAGCCACAGGCUACUUCGGCUGCCCAGAUCACCCAAAGGUUCCCUAUGGCUGCGACUUCUGGCCGCUAGGUGCAGCUUACGAAGAGGAUGUUGUCGAAUCUUCAGCUGGCCCUGUGCCGGACGAGCUUCCUUGCCUCGAGGAGUCGGCCGAGCGCCUCGGCGCCCGUCGCGGCCGCUUUGCAAAGAUGGCCCGCGUAGAUCAGGAUUUGAAGCUGGUUUCCAAUCAUCAGCCAGUGGUGCGUAUGGUGCCCCAAAGGUCGGGGCCCCUUGUCGGCCGAUGCCGCGCCCUGGAACGAGGCUACCUGCGUGAUGCCACAAAACUGCGUGAUCCAGAGCAGAUUCGGCCUUUACCAGUGCUCCGUGAGGCCCUGCAGCACGCUCUCUCAGCGGGCCGUGCAUGGUCCUGGGAGGCAGAGAUGCUGAGAGCCAUCCGACAGGACAUCACGGUCCAGCAUUUGGAUGCAGACUUUCUGGAGGAGGUAUGCGAGGUGUCAUGCCUCCGCGCGCUGGCCAACGGCGACUGGCCAGUCUUCGUUUCCUGCUCGUCGACCCUGAAGAAGCGUCCGCGUGCUGCAGAGCUUCGCUGGCUUUCCCUGCUGGGGAAGCCGCCCGUUCUGGCAGCAGCACUGCAAACCAUGCCACGGGAGGACACCGUGUCGGGCUAUGUGCGCGCAACUCUGGCAGACCUGAGUGUCGGUCUGUGGACGCGCGCUUUGAAGCGGACAGCUCCGAAUGAGACAGCUCAGCAAGCCUUCGACGUUGCUGUGAAGCCCUCAGCCAAGGUGCAGCUCCUGUGCGCAGUCUGCAAGGCUUGCCCCAAGGUCCAAGACUUGACUCUGCAGCAGCUGGGUAUUGAUAGCUUGCCCGCUGGCAUGAACUUCACGGAUGGCGUGCUGGAUGGGAAGGAGGCGCUUCUCCAGGCCCAGGAGGCACUGCGGACAGUGCGGCGGCCGCAGCAGCGCCUGGAUCUCAGCUGGUGUUCUUGGAAGGAAGCACACCUCCUCCUGCAAACCAGCUAUGUGCAGCACGUACCAAACCUCUUCAAUGCCGAGGACAAGACACAGAUCCUUGAGGUGUCGACCUCUGCAGCGCAGGCUGCAGGAUGCAGCGACCCAGCAGAGGUUUUCGCCUUCUUCACGGAGCAGUGUCGCAAGAACCUGCACCUCGUUCUGGCCUUGUCACCAAUUGGUGAGGCAUUCCGGCGUCGGGUGAGGAUGUUCCCAGCCAUUGUCAACUGCUGCACUAUCGACUGGUUCAUGGAGUGGCCAGAGGAAGCCUUGCGUGGAGUAGCGAGCCAUUUCUUGCAGAAGGUGGACCUGUCGCAGGAUGUUUUCACCGGUGUGGUGGAGAUCUGCGUCCGAAUGCAAGAGUCCGUCUUCGAGCUCACCGACCGCUUCCGCCGUGAGGUGCAGCGCCACUACUACGUGACGCCGACAUCAUACCUGGAGCUCAUCAACUCCUUCAAGGAUGUGCUGGCAAGCAAGCGUGACGAUGUUUCUGGCGCAAAGCGCCGCUAUGAUGAUGGCCUUGAGAAGGUAAUCUCCACCGAAGAGCAGGUGAAGACAAUGUCAAUUCAGUUGGAAGAGAUGAGACCCGUCCUGAAGCAGACAUCCGCCGAAACUGCAGAUCUAAUGACUGUAAUCGAGCACAAGCAAGAAGAGGCCUCUGCAACGCAGGCGAUUGUUGCAAAGGAGGAGGAGGCAGCAUCCCAACAGGCAGAGGCAUCCCGGACAAUGAAGGAGGAGUGCCAGGCAGACCUGGACAAGGCCCUGCCAGCACUGAACGCUGCCUUGGAUGCGCUCAAAAGCUUGAAGAAAGGUGACAUCGUGGAGGUGAAGAACAUGAAGUCCCCUCCAGAAGGUGUAAUUACGGUCUCGAAGGCUCUUUGCUGGAUGUUCGAUGUCAAGCCGAAGAAGGUCACUGCAGAAGAUGGCCGCACCAAGAUCGAUGAUUACUGGGAGCCCUCCAAGAAGAGCCUGUGGGGUGAUCCAAAGAUGUUGGACCGGCUUCUAGGAUAUGACAAGGACCACAUUCCAGUGGAGGUGAUCGAGAAGUUGAAGCCUUUGGAAGACGAUCCAGAGUUCGAUCCAGAGGUCAUACAGAAAGCGUCCACGGCCGCAAAGGGCAUUUGCAAGUGGGUCCGCGCCAUGAUUGUCUAUGAUGGUGUUGCAAAAGUUGUGGGUCCCAAGAAGGAGGCCUUGGCGCAGGCAGAAUCGGAGUUGGCCAAGGUGAUGGGAGUUCUCAACGAGAAGAAGGCCGAGUUGAAGGCUGUGCAGGACAAUGUCUCGCAGCUCCUCGCCGAUUUCGAAGCAGCCAGAAAAAGGAAAGACGAGCUGGCUGUGGAGGUGGAGGAUUGUAGCAAGCGCCUGGUGCGAGCAGAGAAGCUUAUCAGCGGUUUGGGAGGUGAGAAGACACGCUGGAUAGAGUCUUCCAAGCGGUUGGGGGAGCAGUACACAAAUCUCACUGGAGAUGUUCUCAUCGGCUCCGGCAUCAUUGCCUACCUUGGAACGUUUACUGGCCGGUAUCGCGUGGACACUGUGAAGAGCUGGGUCCAGCUCAUGAAGGAGAACCAGCUUCCAUCAGCGCAGGAGUUCUCUCUGCGCACCGUCCUUGGGGAUGAGGUGCAGAUCCGCCAGUGGGUCAUUGACAAGCUUCCGAACGAUCAGGUGUCUGUGGAGAAUGCCAUCAUCAUCCAGAGGUCUAGAAGGUGGCCGCUGAUGAUCGACCCGCAGUUGCAGGCCAACCAGUGGGUGCGGAAGACCUUUGCAGGGAGAGGCGAGCAGCUACGCAUUCUCCGUCUGACGCAGAACUACGCACGUGAGCUUGAAGGCCUGAGAAGCACCUAA